AUGAGGCUGAUAUUGCUCACGUUACUCUUGGUUGUUGCCACUAAUGGGGGCAUAAUUGACAAACUGAAAGGAUUGUUCACUGGAGAAGGCGGCUUUGGACAAAAAGUGAAGAAUGCAACUGCUGUUAGCUUCAAAAAGCUCUUCGAAAACACGGCACUCUUCAGAAUCAAUGAUAAGAUCAGGAGCAUGAAGGAAAAAGUGUUGAAGACCUUGGAACUAUCACCAGCAAUGAUGAAGUCACUGCAAGAGAGGCUAAAGAAAUGGCGACCUUUAAAGAACGAUAAAGUACACGAGAUGGGAGACACUAUUACAGAGGUCAAUAAAAAUAGUCAGGUCGACCAAUACCUCUACCAAGGCGACAUGCUUUUAACAGAGGAGCAAGCCGAUGAGAUCGUUGAGGACAUAGAAGAUCAGGUCGCCGGUGGAAACCGUACAAAACGUCAAGCAUUCAAGGAUCAUAAAUAUCCCAAAACGUUGUGGUCGCAAGGAGUCAACUACUACUUCCAUGAUAUGGCCAGUAAGCAGAUGAAAAGCGUAUUCGUAAAAGGAGCGAAAUGGUGGGAAAAGGACACGUGUAUCAAUUUCACGGAGAACCGUUCUGCCGAAGACCGAAUUAUGGUAUUCCCACAGAAAGGAUGUUGGUCAAAUAUAGGAAAAAUCGGUGGCGAACAAAAGAUUUCGUUGGGAGGAGGUUGUCAU